CAAAGUGAGGGGGAGAGAGGGUUAAACACACACACGCAUGCAGAGAGACACCACCAAACGGAAUCAUUCCUCCCACUCAGCUCAGGCAUUUGCACAAGGCAGCCUGCUCAAAAGUUCUGUUCACCUGCUCUGGUGGGAGGAGGAGGAAAGACCCACUUUUCACUGGGAGGAAGAGCGAGCGAGCGAGAGGGCGAGCCAGCCAGCCAACUCAGAAAGUAAUGUUCUGGCUUUAGGGCCCCCUCAUCACCGCUCACAAUGAUGUCCGGACUGCCGGAGGCCCUGAGCCGGCUGAGGGCGAAUUCACUGCGCAGCUGCUUCAGCCUGGCAGGGCCCUCCGAGUCCACCAUGGUGGCUGUACCCAUCGACAUCGACAAGGACGAAGUCCGCAUCCUCAAGGUCUGCUUCCACAGCAACAGCUUCAACAUGGGCAAGAACUUCAAGCUGGUGAAAUGCACCGUCAUGACAGAGAUCCGGGAAGUGAUCAAGUCGAUCCUGCAGAGUGGGAGGAUCGGUCCAGACAUCCAGCUCGCUGAGUGCUAUGGAUUACGCCUGAAGCAUGUGAAAUCCGAUGAAAUCCAUUGGCUCCACCCAGACCUGACAGUGGGCGAAGUCCAGGAGAAAUAUGAAUGCCUGCACAUUGAAGCUGAGUGGAGGUACGACCUCCAGAUCCGCUACCUCCCUGAGGAUUAUGUGGAACGCUUCCAAGAGGACCGGACAACCCUUCUGUAUUUCUAUCAACAGCUCCGAAGUGAGUACAUGCAACUGUAUGCCAGCAAAGUGAGUGAGGGGAUGGCGCUUCAGCUGGGCUGCCUGGAGCUCAGGAGGUUCUACAAGGACAUGCCUCACAACGCUCUGGACAAGAAGUCCAACUUUGAGUUCCUAGAGAAGGAAGUGGGUCUGGACCUGUUCUUUCCAAAGCAGAUGCAGGAGAACUUGAAGGCCAAGCAGUUCCGCAAGAUGAUCCAGCAAACGUUCCAGCAGUAUGCACUUCUGCGGGAGGAUGAGUGCAUCAUGAAGUUCCUCAGCACCCUCUCCACCAUCGCCAACAUCGACCAGGAAAGCUAUCGCUGCGAGCUGAUUCAAGGAUGGAAUAUCACCGUGGACCUGGUGAUUGGGCCAAAGGGCAUCCGGCAGAUGACGAGUAAAGAAGCAAAGCCCACGUGCCUGGCCGAGUUCAAGCAGAUCAAAUCCAUAAAGUGUACAGCCGUGGAGGAGGGCAGAGCUCUGUUGCAGCUGGGCCUUACGGGGAACCCCCAGUCCUUGACGAUCAAAACAGCUUCUCUUGCUGAGGCGGAAAACAUGGCUGACUUGAUAGAUGGCUACUGCAGGUUGCAGGGAGGCUUGGACACCUCCCUCAUCGUUUGUCCCAACCAAGAGAAUGAGAAGAGGAUCAGCCUGCCCCAGGUGCCAGUCCAGCACAUAGAGGAGAGGAGGUCUACACUGACAGAGAGCUUCAGUGGAGAUUCUGAUAUUUACGCUGAGAUUCCAGAUGAAGCAUCCAGGCCCAAGUCUGGAGCUCAGUACGCGAUCUCUCGGGAAGAUGUCAUCCUGGGCCGGAUCCUAGGAGAAGGCUUCUUUGGGGAGGUCUACGAGGGCGUUUACACCAAUGAGAAAGGGGAGCGGAUCAGCGUGGCGGUCAAGACUUGCAAGAAGGACUGUACUGCAGAGAACAAGGAGAAGUUCAUGAGCGAAGCAAUGCUGAUGAAGAAAAUGGACCACCCCCACAUUGUGAAACUCAUCGGCAUCACAGAGGAGGAGCCGACCUGGAUUGUGAUGGAGCUCUACCCGUAUGGAGAGCUGGGACACUACCUCGAGCAGAACAAGGCCUCCCUGAAGGUGCAAACCCUCAUCCUGUACACCUUGCAGAUUGGCAAGGCCCUGGCCUACCUGGAGGCCAUCAACUGUGUGCAUAGGGACAUCGCUGUCCGAAACGUCCUGGUGUCCUCUCCUGAGUGUGUCAAACUGGGCGAUUUUGGCCUCUCCAGGUACAUUGAGGAUGACGAGUAUUACAAAGCAUCAGUGACUCGCCUGCCCAUCAAGUGGAUGGCCCCAGAAUCAAUCAACUUCCGCCGCUUCACCUCCGCCAGUGACGUCUGGAUGUUCGCUGUUUGCAUGUGGGAGAUCCUUAGCUUUGGCAAGCAACCCUUCUUCUGGCUGGAGAACAAAGACGUGAUUGGGGUGCUGGAGAAGGGGGACCGCCUGCCCAAGCCGGAUGCCUGCCCGCCCAUCCUCUAUGCCCUGAUGACGCGCUGCUGGGAUUAUGACCCCAGCGACAGGCCCAAGUUCAAGGAGCUGGUCUGCAGCUUGAGUGACAUUUACCAGAUGGAGAAAGAGAUUGCACGGGAACAAGAGAGGAACAACCGUCACCGCCCCCCCAAAAUCAUGGAGCCCACCUCUUUCCAAGAGCCCCCUCCAAAGCCAAGCAGGCCGAAAUACAAGCCUCCCCCUCAGACCAACCUCCUGGCCCCCAAGCUGCAGUUCCAGGUGCCCGAGGGUCUGUGUGCCAGCUCGCCAACGCUCACCAGCCCCAUCGAGUACCCGUCACCGGUCAACUCCCUGCAUACCCCACCACUCAACAGGCACAACGUCUUCAAACGCCACAGCAUGAGGGAGGAAGACUUUCUUCGGCCCAGCAGCCGGGAAGAAGCCCAGCAAUUGUGGGAGAUGGAACGGGCAAAGAUGCGGCAGCUUCUCGACAGGCAGCAGAAGCAGAUGGCGGAAGAUUAUCAGUGGCUGCGUCAGGAGGAGAAAGCUCUGGACCCCAUGGCCUCUGUGAACAGCAACUUCUCCCCCCCAAAACUCCCUGAGGAGGCAGGCUACAAUGGCUUAGCUGAGUUCACAGGGCCACCCAAGAAGCCACCCAGACUCGGACCUCAGUUCUCCCUUCAGCCAACCCCCACGGCCAACCUGGACCGGACAGAUGAUGCUGUGUACAGCGAUGUCAUGGACCUGGUGAAGGCUGUUCUGAAGCUUAAGAAUGAGGUCAGCAACCACCCACCAGAGCGGUACAUCCUGGUUGUUAAGGAUGUGGGUCUCUCCCUUCGGAAGCUGAUUGGGAGUGUGGAUGACAUCCUUCCAGCCCUGCCUGCGUCUUCACGCACUGAGAUUGAAGGUACCCAGAAGCUCCUGAACAAGGACCUUGCCGAACUGAUCAGCAAGAUGCGUUUGGCUCAGCAGAAUGCCAUGACCUCCCUGAGUGAGGAAUGCAAGCGCCAGAUGCUGACGGCCUCACACACGCUGGCCGUGGAUGCCAAGAACCUCCUGGACGCUGUAGACCAAGCCAAGAUGCGAGGCAACCUGGUGAAGGUCUCCUUCGAGUAACCAAGGAGUGGGCUGGCUUUUGCAUUUUCAAACGGCCCCCCUCCAAGCUUCCCUGUGCUAUCCCCCACCUCCACCCUGCUGCAAAAAGCUCACGUCUUUGGUUUCGUCAUGUCUGUCUUCUGAGAACAAAGGAGAAGAGGCUCCAGAGAAGAGCCAUCCAUGCUCAGGGCAGGGACUCUUCUUUCUCUGCCCCAUAGCUCAUGCUGCUAAGGGGGACUCUGACCAUAACAGAACCCCGGUCCAAGAGUGGGGAGGGGGUACUUGAGACUUAUCAAGGGACCUGCGGUAAUUGAGUCCCAUGUGUGUACAGACAUUCCUGUAUAUAGUCUGGUUUCUUUGACAGUAUCUCUGGCAUCAAGAUGUCUCGUUGAUGAAGGAGAUCAAAGGCAGGGAUGAAUGGGGUGGCUUGUGACCCCCCCUCUCUCACCCCCACUGUUCUCAGGUUAAGCCAGAGAAAGGCAGGUAAGUUGCUCCUCAGUUGCCGCAAGGGUCCUAAAGGCCUAGUACUGGGAGAAGAGGUUCGCUAGGUCAUUCUGCGUCACUUUGGCUAGAGGCAUUCCCAAGGCGAUACUGGUUCCUUGGAAGAGACUGCCGGCCCCUUUGUACAUUGUAUAAAAAAGUAAAGGUAUCCCCGCACUUGUAGUGUGAGUCGUUUCCGACUCUUAGGGUGACGUCUUGCGACGUUUACUAGGCAGACCGUGUAUAUGGGGUGGGAUUGCCAGUUCCUUCCCCGGCCUUUCUUUACCCCCCAGCAUAUGCCGGGUACUCAUUUUACCGACCACGGAUGGAUGGAAGGCUGAGUGGACCUCGACCCCUUUUACCGGAGAUUCGACUUCCUCUUUCCGUUGGAAUUGAACUCCGGCUGUGAGCAGAGCUUUCGGCUGCGUUACCGCCGCUUACCACUCUGCGCCACGGAGGAUCUGUACAUUGUAUAGAAACAUUUAUUUAAUGGCCAUUUCCUGAGCUCCUCCCGCUCAGGAAAAAAAAUCCUUACUUCUCUCUCCCUCUCGUACACACACGCUCCAAAAUUUAAUUGAACUUGGGAUGGAGUUUGAACUGGUCUGGAAAACGUGUCUCCCAAUCGAUGAAGGAGAUCCAGAAUGACUUCUUAAAAUUUCAGAGGGGCAACCACUGUUAGCCUGUUGCAGUGAAAACAACAACAGAGAGUCUUCUGGGAUCUUUAAGACAAGGCCUGCAAUCCUCUAUGCCAGGGAUUCUUAACCUAUGGUCUUCAGAGUGUUCUUGGAUCAGAUGCAAAAAAAAAAAAAUGAUUUGAAAAUUUUCCUUUGAAAAUUUUGGGUGGAUAUGUAUGUGCAUGUUUCUGGGGAGGGGAUCCAUAGCUUCCAUCAGAUUCUCAAAGGGAUCUGUAACCUCAAAAAGGUUAAGAAUCACUGCUAUAUGUACUUACUUGGGAGCAAGUGCCAUUGAAGUCACUGGGGCAUGUAUAGGAUUGCGCUGUAACAGGCUUAUUGUGACAUCAGCUUUCAUGGACUGAAGUCACUUUUGCCAAAAUAAACCUAUUGAUCUUAAAGGUGCCACAAGACAUUCUUGGUGGUGUUUUACAUUUAAACCAGCAAUUUCGAAAACAACUCACACAAUGCAGACUCUUGGAGGGGCACACACACUCGCACUACCUACAAGCACAGAUUAUGGAUUUGAUGCUGUGAAGACUGAAUCUUUGCUUACUGAAUCAGAAUUUAAAUGGGAGGUUUUAGUUCUUCUCUGGCAGGGUUUGUAAUCAUGCCCAAUGUCCUCAAGCUCAAGUUUUGCUACUGGAACUGAAGUUUUGCUGAGAACAUCCAGGUUUUGAAGGAUUAGAAGCCAUUAAUGUAUUUUUGAAUCCCACUAUCCUGAAUCCCCCUUCCUCGAAAUGUCUAUUUUUUUUUGUACCUAAGAAAUUGGCAAGGCAAAGUUAGCAUGCCCAAACCAAGCUUCUUUGUAAUAUUAUCUUUGUGUGUUAAAAAGACAACAGCACCAGGAACCUGUCUGUUUGAUAUGUGAUUUUUUUGACCUGAAAGUUGUACCGUUUUAUGGCUUUUGCCACUCUGUCAUAACUAAGCUGGUUUUUUGCCUGAGAUAA